AAAUCCCUGAUGUUGUACGUUCCCGGGCCCAGCCUCUCUUGCUGCAGAAGGAAAAAGAUGGUAAGGAUAGGCUGGGUAUCAAAGGCAACACUGCCAGUGCUUCCUGGCCACCCGGACAAGGAGAGUGGAUCAAAUCCGGCUCUUACCUGUUGUUUGCGCUUCUUCAGCAUCACCUUGAACUGGAAAUGGGGCAGCUGAAUUGCCCGGGAGCAUGCCCCUGCUAUGGCCCAGCCAGAGGCUGGUGCUGCCCCCUGCAAGGCAGAUCCAGAGCACAACUGUACAUACACCACUGCCUCACAUGCUGGCUUUGUUAUCCAUCCCAAAUUAAGGCACUAAUAAAUGGUUUUGCUGUUGGGUGGGGAGCAUGAGCCCACAUCCCACAUAGACAGAGUGCUCCCCGCUGGAUGCCUCUGACUGCUGUGCCAAGAAGUCAUGAUAAUUCAGGAGCUAAACCAGGAAUCCCUGCUCUCCCCACUGUGUGCCCAUUUGGUGGCCUCACCCGGCUGCCCAUGUCCCUCGCUGCUGGCUCUGCUCACCAGGGCUGCUGUGACAGACUUCACCAUGGCAGCCUUCACCAUGGCAGCCCUCACCAUUGUCACCUACCACUCAUUCUGAGCUGCUGUAGCUGUAGCUAUACUGGGGGCUCCAGCCUGGCUGCCCCGAGCCCCACAGUCCCCACUGCAGGAUCCCUCAAGCUCUCUGGGCCAUGUGUACCGGCAAAGCCAAGCAAGUGCUUGGCUCCCACCAGGGAUGCAGUGUCCCCCUCCUGGCACCCACAUUCCCAUGUGAGGUAUGACCCGGUUCUGCCCCAGCAUUGCAAGAGUGCAAGGGAUGGUGUCCCCACAUGGCACCUCUGAAGGGUUAUACUGUAUACACUGAGAUUUGUUAGACAUUAAAUUUAUCUCUCCAGCCAGGGACAUGGCCAAAAUCAGUGCAUGACCAGCCCCAGCAUCACGAGCUGUGACCCAGAAAGCAGUUGGAGCAGCUUAAAAGAAGCAGCAGUUUUUAAAGCUUCACCUCGGGGCUGUUCUGCUGUCUGACACACAUUCAGAGCUGCAGACACACUGAGCUGGAGGCUGUUUCCCAGCUGCCCUGCGAUGGUGGCAGCCUGUGCCACCUCUUCCAACUGGAGGAGCAAUCCCAAGAAGCACAGGAGGUUCUGUGACAAGCCCCGCAAUUACCAUUUUAUUGGACAUAAAAACAUCACCCUGGAGUUGUAAAUUACAGAAGCAUCCCAGGAAGGAAUGGAAGCACUCAGGAAGCUCAGCCAGACGGAUGCACAAGGCAGUACUAUGGGCUGAUGGACCCUCCCAGCUAUGUAAGAUCAUGGCCAGGGUCAGCCAGGAUGUAGCCAGCGUGACUGGGCCAGGGCUGAAACCUCAGUUUGAUCCCUCUGGGCACAGCUGGAAAAGAUAAAGAGUGCAGACAGGCUCCCAGCCUCCAAGCUUAGCUCCUCAUCCAGCACUGUCUGCUGGUUUAAUGAGAGAUAUCAGCUUUCCCAGCAGACCUUGUCUGUUGUACAGCCUCAAACCCUCCCGCUUAAAACACUGCCCUGCAAAUCAAUCCAAGAUGUUUAGUCUCUUUGAUCUGCUCGGCAGGCAGUAAGUCAUUGACAGAAACACACUUUGCUUCAGCAGCUCCAGCAGGAGAUGGAAACAGUGAAGGACCACUGUCCUGCCCUGCAGAUGGACCUGCAUGGUAUGGGGCGUCCUGUAUGACCUGCAGCUCAACUGACUGCAGCAGGGAAUAAAACAAGGGAAACCAUCACCGGGACAACAGUGCAGCUGCUCUGAUAGGAAAGCACCAUCCUGGAGCUGGAAACCCGCAGGCUCAGAGCUGCAGAGCUGCGGAGCUGUACGGACAGCGGGGGGACCUCCGCACAGCAGUGGGAGCUGCUGAGCAGCCAUAGAGCAGCAGCACUUUCUACUUCCAGGAUCAGGAAGGAGGUGUGAUGCUGCGGACCGGGCUCCCCGUGCUCAGAGCAGCAGCAGCCCCGCAGCUGCCGGCCCGCAGCUCCCAGCACGAAGCCUCAUGUCACGGCCGGCUGCUGCUCUCACAGCUCUUCCAGCCUCUGAACCUGCAGGUGGGUGUUGCUGCAGGGUGCGAGGGGCAGACAACAGAGCCGGGCUGCCGCAGCCACCGGCUGAUGCUGCAGGGCGGCCUCAUCCACCCCGCCAGCCCCGGCUGCUUCCACCUCCUGCCGCCCGCCCUGCGAGCCAUGGAGAAGCUGAUCCGCCUGAUGGAUGGAGCCAUGAGAAACAUAGGGGGGCAGAAGGUGAACAUGCCCAGCCUGAGCUCUGCGGAGCUGUGGAGGACCAGCGGGCGCUGGGAGCAGAUGGGGACCGAGCUGUUCCGCUUGGCAGACCGGCACGGCAAGGAGUAUUGCCUGGGUCCUACACAUGAGGAGGCCGUCACCGAACUGGUGGCUGCACACAGCAACCUGUCCUACAGGCAGCUCCCGCUGCGCCUCUACCAGGUGACCAGAAAGUUCCGGGAUGAGCCCAAGCCUCGCUUCGGCUUGUUGCGCAGCAGGGAGUUCUACAUGAAGGACAUGUACACCUUUGACAGCUCAGAGGAGGCAGCACGUCACACCUAUGAGCUGGUGUGUGCAGCCUAUAAUGGCCUCUUUAAGCGCCUGGGUCUACGCUGUGUCCAAGUGCGGGCAGCCACCGGCACCAUUGGCGGCACUGCGUCCCAUGAGUUCCAGCUGCCGGCUGAUAUCGGUGAGGACAGGUUGGUGCUGUGCCCUGCUGGGCACUUUGCAGCUAACGUGGAGAUGUUGGAUGAAGGGCAAACGGCGUGUCCCACCUGCGGGGAAAAACUCACUCAGAGCAGAGGGAUCGAAGUGGGGCACACGUUUUAUCUGGGCACCAAGUAUUCCUCUGUGCACAAUGCUGUCUUUUACACCCCAGAGAACAAGCUCCAGCCAGCAGAAAUGGGCUGCUACGGUCUGGGCGUCACUCGCAUCCUGGCAGCAUCCAUUGAGGUGCUGUCUACGGAGGACAGCAUCCGCUGGCCGAGCCUCAUUGCACCUUACCAGGUGUGCUUCAUCCCCCCUAAGAAAGGCAGCAAGGAGGAGCAGGGAGCCGCGCUGCUGGAGCGUCUCUAUGAUGAUGUGGCUGAAGUCCUGCCUCACAUGGAGGGAGACAUGGUGCUGGAUGACAGGACACAGCUGACGAUUGGCAAGAGGCUGAAGGAUGCCAACAAACUGGGCUACCCCUACGUGGUCGUAGCGGGGAGGAGGGUCUGCGAGGACCCCGCGGUGUUUGAGGUUUGGGAUCAGAGCUCUGGUACGGUUCUGUACCUCACUAAGGAAGGUGUCAUUGAGUUACUGAGUAAAGUGCAACUCCAUUGAGA